AUGAGAGCGCUUGCCAAAGAAUUCAAUCGUCAUAUCGCUCCAGCUAUUACCUGUGAGGAUCUUAUGCCCAACAGCUCAGCGAGCAUUUGGAUAAUGGAGGCGUUGCCAAGCGUUGGGUAUCUCUUUACAUUCAGCAGCACCACGGUGGCCAAGCAGGAUACAACCCUAAUAGAUAUGGCAAGAUUCUAUGCAGCGUCAUGGAUCAAUGCCCAAACCCCUGUUGGAGACACACAUGACUUCUAUCACACCAAGCUCAUGCAGCUAUCCGGCGCUCUACCAUCUCGAUUCGCGAGAGUCAUUGAGAACACCAAUCAAAGCCUACACGAGAUCCUUUACCAUGUGCACUGGGUUUGGACACACUCAGAUCUCUCAGACAUGGACAUCCUCGUCGAUCCUGAUUCUGGUCAUCUCACUGGAGUAAUUGACUGGGCGGAUGCUGGUAUCGAACCAUUCGGGAUCGCUCUUUGGGGAUUGGAGAGCGUACUUGGAAGUAGCGGCCCCAAUGGGUGGUCAUACUUUAGGGAUGACGUUUUGAGUUCACGAAAGCUAUUUCGCGAAAUGUUUCUGAAAGGGAUUGGGAUGUCAGUAUCUGUUCAAACUUGCAGAGCCAUUGAGGAAGCCAGGACCCUCGGAUUAUUACUUCGAUAUGAUUUUUUCUGGGAAGACGGCAGGGUAAAGCCAACGAGAGAUACCUCCGUCCUCGAUGUAUUCCCUGACUGUCGUUUUUGGGACGAACCACACAACGCAAAGCCAGGAGCACAGUCUUCGGCGUCGGUCAUCUCAAUGGGAUCGUUUCACUAUCACCAGUAG